AUGCCACCGCAAGGAGGGAUGCCGCAUCCCCUUAACCCAAAAUUCCCGUCACUCAAGCAGGCAAAAUUGGAAAUAUUAUCCGCGGUAAAGAAGUUUAAGCCACAGGAUAAUAAACCACGACGUGCCAUAAUUAAUAAUUUUAACGCCGCUGGGGGCAAUAUUUAUCUGCUAAUGGAAGGAUAUAAAGGCCUACCUGCUUUAACCGACGGCGUCGGCAAGGAUCUGCCCAUGGCGGCAUGGGUAGCGAAUUAUAUAAAACAAAUUCCGUAUUCCGUAAAAAGGUCGAUUAAUGUGUUAAAAUCUAUGCCGAUUACGGCUUUGCGCAAUUCUUGGACAUUAUUACGCACACAUAUUUGGACCUUUCCACCAAAAAGGCAAUAUAGACCCAGCUGGUUUUGCUCACCCUUAAAAUCUCCCUCGCAUACCUUUGGUAGUCUCAAGCAGGAUUGGAGCCGAGCAUGGUCAUGGGCCACUCUUUGGGUAAAUACGCGGCUCUUCACAUUGCGGGAGUUUUGUCAUUUACCGAUAUGUUUUAUUUCGCUGGCAAACGAGUUCAGCUCCUGGAAAAGCUUUGCGAUCCAGGUUCUAGCUGCGACUGCGGAAACGGUGCAGCAACUUAUCGAUGCAAAACCGGACGUUCUAUGCUCCAUUUCCUGUUUAAACGCUCCCAAAUUAACCGUCAUUGGUGGUUUGGUAAAUGAUAUAAAGCAACUUGAAACAGAAAUAAGCAAAUUUGGUCCGAAACAGCUCCCAAUUCCUUACGCUUUCCACAUAUUCCAAAUGGAUCUUAUUCUGAAGCCAUUGAAAAACUUCGCAAAAGGAGUCACCUUUUCGGCUCCCAAAUUUCCGGUUGCUUUAACACUGCUUGCAAAAAUUCAAACUCGACAGCAAAUCCAGUUUGUCAAAACCAUACAAGCCGUUAAAGAGAAGCUUGGUGGGGCCAUUUGGCUUGAGGUUGGACCGUUUCAGGUUUACGGCUUAUUCGUAAAAGCAAUAUUAAAUUUUCCUCCAAAUUUAGGAGCAAUUAUGUCGACUUUGCUGUACGAACAGGGGGCCGAAAUCGAUUGGCUUCGACUUUACUCCCCUUACCGAGAAGGUCUUAAAUUGGUCAACUUUCCCACAUAUGCCUGGAACUUGCAAAAGUUCUGGAUCACGUAUACGGAAAGGGGACGCCAAAGUUUAAACCCAUUAUUAGUCCCAGGGCAGACGUAUAUCUCCACAUGCGCGCAGGUAAUUGUUGAGGAAAUAUCGAGCCGGGUCGUUAUGCGAACCUCGAUGACCGACCCGGGAAUGCAGGCUAUUAUCGAGGGCCACCGUAUCCGCGAUGUUGCCAUCUGCCCUGGAAGCGCCUUUUGUAAUGCGGCUUUAACCGUCGCUCAACGUCUAUUUGAGAGAAAUAAGAGGUCCAAGGCCAAGGGGAAACCGGUCUUAACCAUCCGCAACUUAUCCCUGCGGAGCCCUUUUCGGAAGGAACCCGGUCCUACAUUAAAGGAUUUCGUCACCACAACCAUGGUUUCGGUACAAUCUUCCGACGAUUCUCAAAUAACUUUCCGUUACCGCAACAAAAUAUUGGGAAGCUGUAAAGUUUUAAUCUUUAAAGGGGCAGGUGAAGAAUUUGCCCGGUCUAGGACAAAUUUCUUUAUUAAGGCCAAAUUGGACGAUUUUGUCGCAAAAUCAGGCAUUUUUUACUCUCUGUUUACAUCCACAGUGCAGUACAGCCCUAAUUUCAAGCGUUUAAAGAAGGCAUAUAUAUUAAAGGAUUUUACCGAAGCCGCGGCCGAGAUAACCUUGGAAUUUAACCCGAAUGGGACACGGUUUACAUUAUCGCCGUACCACGGUAAAAGCCUGGUGCAUUUGGCCGGUUUUCUACUUAAUUCGAACCCAUCGAGGUCUCGCAGUUCCGAAACUACCUUCAUAAUGGACAACCUUGAAAGCGUCCAAACCAUUAAUACAGCGGCCUUAGUUCCCGGAGAAACAUAUUGGACUUUUGCCAGGUUAUCCUCCAGGAUUAAUAAUUCGGCGACGUGCAAUGUGUGGGUUUUCCAACAGAGCCAGGGCUCUGCCAAAUUGGUAAUAUUUUGUUUUGGGCUGCGCUUCCACGAAGUGAACAAUGUCGUGUUCGACAGGCUGCUCGGAAAGAACAAGCUUCCAGCUCAGGUUUCUAAAGAUCGCCAAAAGUACAAUAAAUCGUCAAAGCGCGAAAUUAUAAAUCUUGCCCCUGCGGUCCCUUUAUAUCCACCUCAGGUGUCCGGAUCCAUCGAAAACCAUAAUACUCCCGCCGCUGCUGCAUCGGUGAAACUGAGCAGUGGUCUUUGCGCAGCGAUAUUUAAGAGCAUUUUCAGAGAAACGGGGACGGACCUUUCGCAACUUACCGACGACACUGCCCUGGCAGACAUUGGUGUUAAUUCCAUUAUGGCCAUUAAAAUAAUCGCGUCCGUGAAUAAGGAAACCAAUAUUUACCUUAACGUGAUUACUCUAAUUAAUUAUCCCACCAUUAACGCCUUUCGAGCUGCAUUUGGACAUAAAAACACAGCCCUGAACUCGACAGACGAAAAUUGUAAUAUGGUUACACCAACACCUGAAUUAUCCGAGUUAUCGGAUUGGGUUGGAGCUACUCCCGCUAAUACGGCUAGCAGGAGCACAACAUCUUUAAUCUUUCCCCUAAAACAAAAGGCCCCUCCAAAGAUCUGGGCGACAAUCGUCGAAAGCCAAACCCCAACGCCAAUCGACAUAAAGCCUACAGUAUUAAUAAAGGAAACGCUAAAAAGGUUUUCCACGCCGAAGGCUCGUAUCGUCUUGCUAUAUGGACGUCCCAAAGAUAAAUAA